AUGGACAAGCGCAAUCUCUUCAGCGGACGCCGCGGCCGCGGCCGCUGGCAGCUGUCGAGCGCGCUUUCCGACAGACCCAUCUCCGCUGGCCGCCACCAGCUCGCAGAUGCGCAGGCAUCUGCUAGUGGCCCUAGCGCAUACACUAGUGCAGGAACGUCCAGGCCGACCAAUUGGGACUUCCGCAGGAACUUCUCGAAGGUUUCAGAGCCCGCCCGGUUCGUACGAGCCUGCCAGCCAGUUCGCAGAAAGAGUCCCGUGCGCAAAUUCGUGGCGGAGAGGCAGACACUCGAGUCUGUACUACAUACGCCUUCGCCUUCAUUUCCCUUCGCCUCUCUCGCCUCCCUGCAUCGAAACGAAAGGCCCAAGAGGCUCGCUACGGGCAAGCGUGCUGGGCAGGAAAGGCACCGAUAUACGGACGACGAGGAAUAG